UUUGGAGACACGAAGAGACACGCGGAUAAACUCCACACACGAGACCCUGUCAGUGUAGACGAAUGGUGACCUGACAGCGAUGGCCGGUGCAGGACUGUGUUGUGCCAGCCUGGAGGAUCCCAAGACCCUGAUGAAGAUGGGUUUGAGCAUGGUCCUCAUUGGUCAUGUCAACUUCCUGUUGGGAGCGCUGGUGCAUGGCGUGGUGCUCAGACACAUCAACCUCCACAAGCAGGCCCGUGCGAUGGAGUACGCCAUCUCCAAUGUGGUUGCUCUCACCUCUGGCCUUGUAGGAAUUGUCGUUGGUAUUCUGGCUAUUGUCCUGUCUAAAAACAAGAAGAGUCGAGGCAUGACGUGGUCUCUCUUCAUGGUCGGUCUGGCUGCGGCUCUCAUGGCAGCGGCCUCAGCCAUCGGACUCUUUGUGUCUGUAGUGAGGGCCAUCAUUCACGGCGGGCGGAGCCUCCUGACUCACUGCCGCUUCCCUGACGCCAUUGGCUACUCCAGCAUAACCAACGAGUGUCCUUUUGACCCCACACGCAUCUAUAGUACCACUCUGAUCCUCUGGGUGCCUCUGAUCGUGACUUGUAUCAUCCAGAUGGUGUUUUCCGCCCGCUGCUCUGCUGUGUGUGCUUCAUUCCUGGGUCUACCUUGCUGCCCAUACAGGAAAAGAACCAGAGACUUCGGCAGAGCGAUCAAUGUGGUGAGGCCAAUAAAGGAAGCUUCGACCUCUACUUACAUUGAACCUUCAACACGCUACUCUGAACCUCCAACACACCGCACAGAACUACCAAGAAGGUCCCACGAACCUCCAAGACGGAAUACUGAACUUCCACGACAGCAGCGCAGACCCCCUCCCCCUUCUCAGCCUCCUCCCCGUCAGCAUCAGAGUCUUCCUCCCUCGGAGAGGCGGCCUCGUCGCCAGCCGCACAGAGAAAGGUCAGACAGAGAAAGGCAAGAAACGAGGGGUGGCAGCCAGCAAAGGGCACCAGAGGAGCACCAACUGCUGGAGAGGGGUACAAUGGAAAGGUCCAGCUUCUGGAUUUAGGCACAUUUGACAUGCCAAAGCUUCUUGAAGACCAAAUGUUGUGAGGGUACUUUAUUGCUAUAAUACUCGGAUUCAAACUUCAUACUCGCAACCCAUCAGUACUUCAAAAUUAUGAACUCUGAGCUGGAGAUAUUUUUUGUCAGUGCUGAUGUAUGAAUUUUCUCAUGCUUAGACUUUGCACAGUGUGCAGGAUCCCAGUGACUGUGUCUGCUCUUGGAUUUCUGUACUGAUGAGGGUCAAUUUAUUCAGAUGAGGCAAAUUCUCUAAUGUGAGAACAUAGUGCCAAUCGCUGCUUGUACAAGAAAUCAUUCAGAGUUAAAAGAAUAGUUUAACAUUUUAAGUAAUGCUCUUUGUAACUUUGUUGCCGAGAGUUAGAUGAGAUCAAUACCAUUCUCAUGUUUGUGCGUUAAGGACAGAACUGCAGUGAGGACAUAGUUAACUUAGCUUAGCAUAAAGACUGGAAGCAGCUGUCUCCAAACAACUUUAAAGCUCAGUUCUUAACAUGUAUGUCUUGUUUAUUUAAACUGUAGAAAAAGAUCUAAAGUCAACACAUUUUUGUCCAAAGUUUAUGAUCUUUUCAUUGUUUCUACAUCAUUUUAUUUUUCAUAUAAAGUCAGGAGUUAGGCCUAAUUAGCUUAGCUUAGUUUAGCAUUUAACUAGAAUCAGGGGGAAACAACCAACUAGCUCUCUCCAAAUAACUCAAUUGUUAUCAUGUUUGUCUAUUUAUUUUAACUGUAUAAAAAGGUGUAAAGACAACCUGAAAUCUUGUUUAACAGAUAACCGAUUAUAAUAUGUACAAAAGAUGUCAAGACAGUAUUUUGGUUUUGUUUUUUCUCAGAGGUUUAUAAUCUUUACACUUUAGUUUUUGUAGAGAUGGAAGUUAAUUAGCGUAGCUUAGCUUAGGGUAAUAUGAAACUGGAAUCAGGUAAGGAACCGCUAGCUUGUCUCUGUAUAAAGUUAUCAGCACUUCUAAAGCUUACCAAUUAACAAUAUGAUUGUCCUUUGAUUAAUUUGUGCACAAGUGGAAAUGUAAAUGAAAAUGUUAUAAUGCUUUCAUGGUGACAAGACUCCAGGAACCAAGAGCUGAUAACAGCACGUUACUUCCUGUAAAACCACAACUUAUCAUUUUAGCAUUUUGACUUUUGUACAUUUUUUUCACUGGUACCAGUAUUAUUAUUAUUAUU